CUGCUGGAGCAGCUGGGCCAGGCCCGGGAGCAGCUCAGGGACAGCGAGCGACUCUCGGCGCGGAGGGUGGAAGCUCUGAGCCAGGAAGUACAGAAGUUGAAUCAGCAACUAGAGGAGAAAAACGGAGAGAUACAGCAGAUGAUAAAUCAGCCUCUGUAUGAAAAAGAGAGAGAAAUCUUACGACUUCAGAAGAGCUUGGCAGAGAGAGAGAAGGCUCAGGCCACCAGCGAUGUUUUGUGCCGUUCACUCACUGAUGAAACUCACCAACUUCAACGCAAAUUAGCAUCCACAGCAGAAAUGUGUCAACAUCUGGCAAAAUGUCUAGAAGAGAAGCAAAGAAAAGAGCAGGGGAAUUCAGAUGACCAGAUACCUACUGAAAGAUCUAAUCAGCUUUUAGACAAUGAAACUUCACUUCAAGCUCUUAUCUGCAACCUACAAGAUGAAAACAGGAUGUUAAAACAAAAAGUAGCUCACGUGGAAGACUUAAAUGCAAAAUGGCAGAAAUACGACGCGAGUAGGGAUGAGUAUGUGAAGCGACUCCACUUGCAGCUAAAAGAGAUGAAGUCACAACUGGAGCAGCAGCACGGCGUAACUUCAGCACAAACGAAGUCUGACCUGAUGCACAAGGAGAUAUUCCGGUUAAACAAGCUACUGGAAGAGAAAAUGAAUGAAUGCAUGAAAACAAGGAGAGAAUUAGAAGACGUGAAGAAGGCUAGUGAAGGAGAUAAUGAGCGCAUACAAAUGCUGGAACAACAGGUCCUAGUUUAUAAAGAUGAUUUCACAUCUGAGAGAUCAGACAGAGAACGAGCACAGAGUAAAAUACAGGAGCUUCAGGCAGAAGUGGCAUGUUUGCAACACCAGCUAGCAAGAAGACAGGACUCAAGUAGUCAUUUCAGAGUUCACGUUGGUAACCAGAAUCAUAUGCACGUACAGACAAACGUUGAACAUCUACGAGGCAAUAGCCCAGGCCAGACGGGCACGAGAAGAACAUCCUCACAGUCUGAACAAGCUUCUCCUCCUGCGGACAAUGGAAACUCGGGGUCCGAGGGCAGGGCACAGGGUGAACUUCGAUGCCCUCAUUGUAUGAGGUUUUUCAGUGAUGAACUCAGUGAUGAAUUCCUCAAGCACGUUGCUGAAUGCUGCCAGUGACCACGUGAUGCGAGGCGUGUAAGUCGAUCACUACUUUAUAGACAGUACAACUUUGCUCUGUACACAUCUCCUACAGUCCUAAACGGCAGUAAUUCAA